AAAAAACCGCGCGGAAAACCCCCACCCCACCGCGCACCGCCAGGGCGAGAGAAAACGUCGCCGCCGCCGAGCCGCGGAAGCCCGCGGCGCUGCCCCCCAACACCUCAAAACCUCCCACACAAGCCUCCUCCCCUCCCCCAUUAACCUCUCCUCCCGUCCUCCCCCACCUCCAUCUCGCGAUCCCUAGCUCGCUCGCUCGCUCUCUCGCUGGGUGCUGAUCCAAAGCCCUCGAUCCCCUCGACUCAGGCUCUAGCUUAGCCAUGGAUGAAGAGGCGCGCGCCGCCGGAUGCUCCCCAGCGCCGCCCCGCGCGCCGGCUGCUUCCUGUGGCGCUGCCGCCGAGCUCUGCCUCUGCUCCCCUACAGGUGUGGAGGGUAUCGAGCAGGUGCCUGGAUGUCCGUGUUUUGAGGACGCCGGCGCUGUCGUGGUGAGUGGAGAGGCGCCGGAAGGACCGGGGGUUUUGUGCUCUGAGGAUGGCGCUGAGCUCAAAUUGGCUGAGCAGGGUGCCCUGGAUGUGAGAUUAGGUUCUCCGGCAGUCGGAAUCCAUGAGCAGCAGCUGUUGCAUCGUGGUACUUCAGGUUCCGAUGAAGCUGGUGCAAUCAAUGAGAUUUCACCCGUUGAGGUGUCGCCGUCAGAGGCUAGUUCAAAUUUGGAUACUGCUGGGGCUAUUGGUGGCUCCCCUCUCAUGUUGGAGUCCCUGCCAGAGACCAGUGAUACCCGAGGAUGUGAACAAGAGGUUAUGCCCGGUGUUGUUGUAGGGUCAUCUAAUAGGGAUGCAAGUUCUGAGGUCGGUGUCGAGUCGGAGCGUGGCUCGGAUGCGGACGGUCGAAAUGGCCUUGGUGAAGGGGAAUUGGUGUCGAGCGUUGAUGGAGGCGGCGCCGAGAAGAGCUCAAAGGUGACUGGCGUCUUGUCUGAAGAAGGUGUGGACGGGAUGGAAACAGCCCUGGAGCCGUGUGUGGCGUCUGUUGGCUCCAUCACGCAGGUUGAGGAAGGUGUGGACAGGAUGGAGACGAGUUUGGAUGACUCUGAGGCUUCAGACGGCUCAACCACGCAGGAUUUUGAUACUGACGUGGAGACGGAGUCGAGCGGUUCAAGUAUAGAAGAACAAGACAUGGGAUACGGAGUGCACAUCCCACACACGGAACAAGCGAUCUGUGAAGUGGCCAGGGGAAACAAGAGUUCAGAGGUGAAGAGCUCUGACAGGAUGUCUUCAGUAACCCUACCAACACUUAUAUUGGCUUCAGGUGCAGCAAUGCUACCUCAUCCUUCAAAGGUGCUGACAGGUGGUGAAGAUGCUUAUUUUAUAGCUUGUGACGGUUGGUUUGGUGUAGCAGAUGGAGUAGGUCAAUGGUCAUUUGAAGGAAUCAAUGCAGGGCUGUAUGCCAGAGAAUUAAUGGAUGGUUGUAAGAAAGCUGUUAUGGAGAGUCAAGGAGCUCCAGAGAUGAGAACUGAGGAAGUUCUUGCUAAGGCUGCAGAUGAAGCACGAUCCCCUGGUUCUUCCACUGUUUUGGUUGCUCACUUUGAUGGUCAAGUACUUCAUGCAUGUAAUAUAGGUGAUUCUGGAUUCUUGGUGAUAAGAAACGGAGAAAUAUAUCAAAAAUCAAAGCCAAUGACUUACGGCUUCAAUUUUCCCUUGCAAAUUGAGAAGGGGGAUGAUCCUUUCAAACUUGUACAGAAAUACACAAUUGAUCUACAAGAAGGAGAUGCCAUUGUGACAGCAACAGAUGGCCUUUUUGACAAUGUCUAUGAGGAAGAAAUAGCAGCUGUCAUCUCCAAAUCAUUGGAAGCCGGCCUCAAGCCUUCGGAGAUUGCGGAGUUCCUGGUUGCUAGGGCGAAGGAAGUGGGCAGAUCGGCAACCUGUAGAAGCCCCUUCUCUGACGCGGCUCUUGCAGUUGGGUAUCUGGGUUACUCUGGGGGCAAGCUGGAUGAUGUAACAGUUGUUGUAUCCGUUGUUCGGAAAUCUGAAGUUUAAACUAUAAGCCUCUUUUUGGCUUAAGUGAAUGCAGCUCCUAGAUUUUGCCAGAGCUGCGUUUGCUGGCGAAUGUCCAUGAGCAUUCCAUGUGAGGUACCCCCAACCUCACGUGUACAUAUGAUAAGCUGUAUGUUCCUCGUGGCCAUGAUCGCAGCUACUAAGUAAGUUGCGAUUGCGCUU